UGCGUUUCUCCUGCUCCUCUGGCACUAUGCCACCACCCCACGCAGCAAACAGUGAGCCAUGUGUUCGUAAAAAUUUCUCCCACACGUUGCAAAAACAUAUAAAGGAUAAUAAACAUAAUAUACGUGGCCUCCAUUUUGGCGAACGCUCUUAUAUUUUAUCCUUGGGCAUCAUCUGUUCCUCGAAGCUCACAGUUUCCUCGAGCAUCCCUCUCAGAAAACUGUUCGCUUCUCAGAACAGAUGUUCGCGAACAUCCGUUCAUAUUUUCGCGCCAAAUGGAGGCUAUUGUUUGUCUAUCGCUCUGACACAAUGUGGCGUGACAUGGAAUAUUUUCAUUCAAUCACAUUGCAUAAGCGGCCAAUAUUUGCCGUGAACAUUGUUUACAUCGUCAUAGUAUAUCUAUUAGAAAGGCUAGACCUGAUCGGAAAGUAACGAUGGCUGUUGCGGAAGAAAACUGGCAGACGGCAUUAUCAACUAUCACUCGGAGAACUACGUUUAUUUUCAACAACGAGUUAUUAAGCGAUGUGAGGUUUGUUGUUCCAGUUUCGACUGAACAAGGCGGAAUUAAUAUGGCGAUCCCGGCUCACAAGUUUGUGCUCGCCAUCAGUAGUCCUGUAUUCUUCGCCAUGUUCUAUGGUCAAAUGGCGGAGACUAAAUACUCUAUUGAACUGCCUGACUGUGAGUACGAGAGUCUGUUGGAAUUGUUUCGUUUCAUGUACAGCGACGAAGUGAAUUUAAGCGGAAAUAAUGUGAUGCAAGUGUUAUACUUGGCGAAUAAAUACAUGGUGCCCUCACUAACUGAGAAAUGUGCCAAAUAUCUUCGAGAAAAUUUGACAGCAUCCAAUGUGCUAUGUAUUCUGCCGCAAGCUCAGAAAUUUGAAGAUAAAGAUUUGGAAGAUCGCUGCUGGAAAGUGAUUGAUAAACAGACUGAAGAAGCUGUGACUUCAGAUGAAUUUGUAACAGUUGAGCGAUCUCUACUUGAAUCUGUUGUAAAGAGAGAACUACUCAAUGUGAAAGAAGUGAAAUUAUUCAAGGCUGUUGAUCGAUGGGCCACCAAGGGAUGUGAACGAGAAGGGAUCCUCCCUGAUGGACUGGCGAAGAGACGAAUUCUAGGCGAAGAGAUCGUGAAAGCAAUACGGUUUUCCCUGAUGUCGCAGGAGGAGUUCGCUACAGUUGUGGCUGAUUCUCACAUCCUCAACAUGCUAGAGGUUGAAGAACUGAUGAAACAAUUCCGUGAGGAUACAUCAGUAUCAUCUGAGUCAUUCUUGAAUGUUUCAAGAGCGCGUUGCCUUAAGUAUGUCCAUCGAUGUAGUAGAUUUACAACGAUUGUACCUCAAUCUUAUGACUCCGGGUGGGGAUAUACACGCGGUAUGUCUGAUAGCCUUUCGUUCUUUGUUAGUAAUCACAUAAAUUUACAUGGAGUUCAGCAUUUUGGGACUGAAGGAGGAAAAUACACAGUUUCUACUGAAGUCAAGGAUGCCACAGAUGACUUAUCGCUCGCAAAUCAGUUUGGAUUUUACUCAGCAGCGAUGAAUAACACUAAUCAAUUCUAUGGAUUUGACGUAUUGUUUGACAUACCAGUUUGUUUAGAGCCAAACAAGGUGUACAAGGUAAAAUCGUUUGUCACUGGCCCAAAUUCGUGUUACGGGGACAAAGGGAAAAUCUUUGUUGAUUGCGAAGGAGUAAGAUUCGAGUUCUGUGAGGGGGGUGAUAAUAACGGAACGUCUGUGAAACGGGGUCAGUUUCCUUCUUUGAUUUUUACUAAGAUAAGAUGAAACAAGCUAGAUUCUGCUAUAAAAAUCAAUAGAAGAGUCACUUUUACGAUAUGAUUGUAAAUCCUUUCAAUCUUAGGGAGAUAAAAUCGCUGAUAAGUUUUACUUAAACAUAAUUGCUGCCGAUGAAUAAUAAAAUUUAUGGAAUAAUG